AUGGCCGCGCGAAGGACCUUGGGCGGUGGAAGGGUGAUUGGCAGUGGAAAGGGCGUUACGGCUUUGGCCCAACCACGGAAUCCCAGCACCACCAACACGAUCAAUCACAGCACCAACAGCACCGGUCUGCUAUCGCCCUCAUCCAGCUCCCUGUCGCUGAGUUCGCACACGUCGAGUACGCCCAUCUCCACCGAUCAUGAGGACCUCACAUCCCGCAUCGCCCUCGAUGCGGCACAGACGACGGCCGUGCAAAAUGCCAGCAAUCGCAUGGUCUGCCCGAUCUGCAACGAGGAGAUGGUCACAUUGCUUCAGCUGAAUAGACACAUAGACGACAAUCAUGCCAACCUGGAAGUGAUUGAACAAGAUGAAGCCAAGACGUGGUUCAAGCAGCAGAUGACAAAGGCCAAGAAGUUCCAGCCAUUGGCGUUGAUCAACCAGAAGCUACGAGGGUUGGAAGUAUUUGAGUCUAACAAUGAGAUCCUGGCCUCCAUCCCAGGCUCUCAAGCUAGCGCCGACUCCAGGGGAGCAUCUUCUACGCCUGGGCCGUCCAAACAGCCGGAAACACCAGAUCCCGACGAGGUCGUCACUCGUGCCCACUGGCARAGACCGCACGUCAACGAUGCUUGUUCAGAUCCCAUGUGUGGGAAGCGGUUGGGUGCUACAAAUGGACAAGUGAAUUGCCGGCAUUGUGGGAAGCUAUUCUGCGAGGAGCAUACCAUGUAUCAAAUGAGACUUUCCCGAGCUGCACAGCAUGAACCCGUGCGAGGUCUGUGGUGUCGAGUGUGCGAAACUUGCUACAAGAGUCGACCAGGGUAUAUGGAUCAUCAUGGCUUUGAGCGGAAUCACACCGAAUUCUUCAAAUCCGCCAGGCGGAAGACGGUGGACAAGCAAAAUCUGGAGACUAGCCGGCUUGAAACGAGAUUGACCCGUUUGACCCAGCUUUUGGCACACCCACCACCACCCGACAACAGCCAGACCGGGUGGCUCGGGGGUAUAAUACAAGGUAACAAACCUCAAAUCCGUGCUCUAGAGCAAGCCAUAGUACCAUGGGAGGACGAUGCAACUGUUGCGGAAUGUCCCUUUUGUCAGCAGCCCUUUUCACAAUACUCAAUGCGGCGUCAUCACUGCCGGAUAUGUGGGAGAGUCGUAUGUGGCGAUCCCAGCACCUCCUGCUCGACGGAAGUUGGACUCGAUGUGGAGGCAAGCGAGAAAAAGGGACGYGGGAAAGUAGCAGUCGACGUACGUAUGUGCAAGGACUGCCAACGUACCAUCUUCAGCAAGGCAGACUUUGCUCGAGAACUUCAUGCUGAGGAUCCUGCUCAGCGAGCGUAUGGAAACUUGAAGCAGUUCGAGCAAGGCAUUCGUUUGUUAUUACCCAAAUUUCAGCGAUGUCUUGGGCCGUUACAGGACCCUGAAAACCCUCCAUCACCGGCUCAAAUUGCUGAAGCUGCCAAAGUGAGGAAGCGGCUGACGGAUGCUUUCACACAAUAUGAUGUUGCGGCGCGCCGGGUACGAGACAUGGCUACGGAAAGUCCUACACAGGAACGCUUGCAAAAAGCGAUAUAUCAGCAAGCCACCAACUUUCUGCAUAUACAUAUGCUUCCUCUCAAAUCCUUACCAAAGAUCAUGAAGCAUGCACAUUCCGCGCCAAACGGAGGACGAACACCGCCUGGCAUUCCUGCCAACGGAGCGGGGAAAGGUGCUCUGGCAACCAUCAGAUACAACUCAACACUUACUCCCAACGGGAGUAAUCACAGACCCGGUAGCAGUCGAGCCAGCUCCGCUUCAUCUGCCGCUGUGACGGCGUUGGAAGUGGAGGAGAAAGAGCUGAAAGAGAGAUUGAUGAUACUUGAAGAGCAGAAGUUUAUGGUCUCGGAAAUGAUCGCGGAGGCCAACAAGCGAAGGAGAUUCGAUGAGGUGUCGGCACUGAGCCAGAAUGUGGAGGACUUAUCAAGGGAGAUCGACCAGAUACAGGCGCAGCUGGCUGGUAUGGAUUUUGCUGGAGCGUACGCUGAUCAAGGAGCUAUUGGAUGA